AUCAACGUUUUAUAACACUCUUGAGAAAAAUGGAGAGCAAAAGAGUUGCGACGUUGAUGAUGAACAACAUUAUGAUAGUGAUGGUACUAAUGGGAUACCUUCUGGUUCAGACGUCAGAGGCUAAGUCUACUAGCCAUUUUAAAGUUUGUUACUCAAAUUGUCAUAUGGUGUGUAAAUCUCAUACGACGUUUCCAAAAUCUCUUUUUUGUCCAUUCACAUGUCUUCUGACUUGUCUUGUUCCUACUCCACCAUCACCUUCUCCUUCUUAUUAUACUACGGGUUUAACAAACAAAAUCGAUCGUACUGAUUACUUCUGCAAACUCGGUUGUGCUACUCACCAUUGUGUUUCUCUUUCUUCCCUCCAAAAUCCGAAUGCGGAGAAAGUUGCAACCUGUGUGGAUUCAUGUUCGGAAAAAUGCUCCAAGGAGAAUAAAAACUGAUAUAUGUUUUACUUUAAUAAAAAGCAAAUCAUAUUAUGUAUUGAUUUUGUAUUGACGCGAUA